CUUUCUCGCUCUCUCAUGAAUGUCACCUCUACUGACGGUGGCUGCUGGAAUUUGCGCGCACACGCACAGAUACACACACUUUCACACACUCUCACUCGCAAGCUUUGGGUGGGGGGCGGGGUGGGGGGGGGGUUAGGUGAGAGCAUGCCAGAAGAGGCGGAAGAGAAAUCUCUCUGUCCAUCCUUCCGUUCCUGGUUUCAUUCUUCGGAGUCCAUCUCUGUCCCGCCUGCUGCGCUGCCUCUGGAUCUACGUCGGCUGGAUUACCGCUCCGUUCCUCUGCUCAUUAUUCCUGCUGCCCGCAUUUCCACGGCAGGCAAAGUUGGUUUUCCUGAGGCUGUAUGGUGACCGUUUGUUUGUCUCCUCUUGCAUUUCUGUUCUGUUUGAGCUUCAGAAUGCAUUUACUUUUCACUGGAAGAAGUCUAAUUUUUAUAUGACGGCGAAAAGAUCUCCAUAUCCUUUUUUUGUAUUGUUUACUUUCAUGAUAGGGUAUUGAUUUUGUUCUAUUUUGAACUUGGUUGUUGCUUGUUAUUUGGUCGUGAGGGACGACAUGAGUGGAGAGGGGGGUUAGAAAUGUAUGAAAUGACUAUUUAUUUUUAUCGAACAGACAUUCUAACCUCGCUGAGCCUUCUCUAUUCUUUACUGAAAAUGUGACCUCACAUGUUGUACAUGGUGUUUUAUAAGGCUGGUGCAUUUCUUUCUAAUCACACUGGAGGAUCCGCAUUGGAUGUGUGACUGUAUUUGAACUUUCUCCAUCGCCAUCUCGUUUGGGGGCUGUGACCCUAAACCCCAUAGCUGAAACCUCGCAUAGACUCCUGCAUCGGGACUCUCCCUGGAGAUUGUUGUUUCUUUCUACUGCUUGAGGACAGACAGAACCUCCACAAGAGGGGCUGUUUGGUAGGAAGGAACCCCCCUCCCAAAGGUGAGAGGGGGGGAAGAUGGCAGCUCUCGCCAGCUCUCUCAUCAGACAGAAACGGGCAGUUAAGGAUGACGGACAGAACAGACCGGUAGCCAACAAGAGGAAGCCCUGUCCCAAGAGCAACAAGUCACUGUGCCAGAAACAGAUCCUAGUCCUCAUCUCAAAAGUCCGGCUAUGUGGGGGUCGAAAAGGUCGAAACGAAAAAAGACCGGAGCCCCAGUUGAAAGGCAUUGUGACCAGGCUUUACAGUCAGCAUGGAUACUACCUGCAGAUGAAUCCAGAUGGCGCUAUGGACGGCACAAGGGACGAAAGCAGCUCCUUCUCACAGUUCAACUUGAUUCCUGUGGGUCUGAGGAUCGUGGCCAUCCAGGGGGCAAAGACGGGUCUCUAUCUGGGCAUGAACAGCGAGGGAUACCUCUACACAUCUGAACACUUCACUGAAGAGUGUAAGUUCAAGGAGAGCGUGUUUGAGAACUACUAUGUGACAUACUCCUCCAUGCUGUACCGUCAGAGCCAGUCGGGGCGCUCCUGGUAUAUCGGUAUCAACCGCGACGGACAGGUCAUGAAGGGCAACCGGGUUAAGAAGACCAAAGGAGCUGCACACUUCCUGCCUAAAGUUAUAGAAGUUGCCAUGUACAAGGAACCCUCGCUACAUGAGCUAGCCAAUGAACAGAAAGAAAAAGACAAAGAGAAAGAUAAAGACAAAGAUAAAGACAGCCCUGCCCGGAAGACAGUGAAAACAUCGGAAGAACGUCGUGAAAGAACAUUCUCCAUCAAGAACUGCAGAAAAGACAAAAGAGCCCCCAAGGCCGAGGCCUCGUAGCACAGGGGACCUAGGGUGGGGGAGGGCAGCAAUGACACACGACAACUUAAUGGGGACUCAAUUGCUCAUCAUGCCUUUGAUCUGACUGGAGGAAUGACCCUGUGGUCACUUUUUGCCUGUAGUGCACUGGGCUAUGCCACCCUAAAGGGUCAGGGGUCACAAGCUCAUCAGCAGGCCGGCCACCAGGUCCGGCUCUGGGAGGGAUUCCUCUCAUCUGUCACCACACUGAGAGAUAUACCAGGGUCCUCUCCUUCCUCCCUGUCAGCCACCUUUACCUGUCUUCCUCCUGCACACUAACUACCAAAGGCACAGCCCGUGUCAUCUCCGUCAUCUGUUACCCUCCCAUCACCUGUCCCCGUUUAAACCACUUCCCCUCGUUCACGUGCUCACUUUCUAAUCAGCGUUUUUUUUAUGUGUGUUUGUGCUGGGGCAGAACUAAUCCCUUUAUGUCAUCGUAAUUACUAAUCACCAGUCGACUCUUCCAAGUAAUGGCAAUCACUAUAGUGAACGUGUGGCGAUGCCAGGCCAUCUGACCACCUGCAAAUCAGGCCAAAGCUGGAGAUGGGCCUUCAAAAUGGUGUGUUAUUGGACGCCAUCAGGGGGGUCUAUUUCUGAUUGGGCCGUUUGUUGAUCGGCAGUCAGCCAGUCAAUUUCAAAACAGACAAUUCUUGAAUGAGAAACUCGAGAGAGUACAGGCUAACCUUUUUAGUCCAUUAGUCUUUUGAUCAGUCUCAGUAACGAAAGUGAUGUUGGAAGGAACUGAAAGAUUCUAUAAUCAUAAAUCAUCGGGAUGAUGAUGAUAAGGUUGACGAUAAUGUUGUUGAAAAUAGUUGUCAGACAAUGGACACCGUGAAUGCGAUGGUAAUGAUGAAUCAACUACUGUAUAACCUUGCAAUAAUCCCACAGGCAAAAUAAUGAGACAUUUCAGGGUAUUUAAUUAUCCCACUUUGAUAGCCAUUUGCCCUUCUGAAGCCAUGAAAGCACCACAUCCAAAUAGAAAUUAGAGGCAUGAAUUGUACAUUACUUCCUUGUGCGGCCCACACUAGCAGUAGUCUGACAGUUGAUUUCAGUUUGUGCUCAGCAGGCUAGCUCUGAGCAGAAGAGUGAAAGAGCUAAAUGCCCUCUGGGCCCAAAAUAAGGCUACGCUAUUAUGACGCAACUCUUUGAAGGUUCCUUACGGAGGAUUUUAUGGAAUACAGCCGUCAUUGCUUGAAUUAUUUACCUGCAUUUAUGUAAAAGGUUUGAACUAGUCUCUGAAAUAUUUGUACAGGUUUUGAGUCUCCUUUAGAGAUGAGCUUUGUAAAAAAAAAAAAGUAAGACACGGUCAGCAUUAUAUGCAAAUGUGUGAGACAGUGACUCAGUGAGUGGUCAUGAUUGUGCAUGUUUGAAACAAACGACCAAUUGCCAGCCUCCCUAACUCACCCUGCUGUGCUCUUUUUUGUUGACCACAGUGCUCCACACUGUUUCAGAUAAACCUUAAGGAUUGAACCUAAAGAACUGUUACUGAGUUAAAUCUUAUUGGAGUCUCUCUCACCUGAAAGGUUAUGCUAGUGACCACUGAGUGUAUUCUUUGCUCGGCAAGUGUUCUCUACAUAAAGCUGAGUUUGAAAAAGCUGACAUCAAAGCCUAGAGAGGCAGUGAGCUGGAACACCUACUUGCUAUUCUAAAGACGUCUGACUGCUUAUCCACUCACUAGCCUUAUCAAAUCACCACAGAGGAAUCUACCCGCAAAAUAUGGAUUUAUUUGUGUGCGUGGCUGUUUGUGACUGUGUUCUUCUCCUGGUGUAUGGAUGCUUGUGGGUGUACAUAUUUUUAUUUUGGGAGUGCUUGGCUUGUGUGCGGUGAGUAGAAGGUAACUUCUAGUGUGUCCUUAAUACUGGAUGUAAGGCAGUGUGAGGGCUGUCUAGUGAUGUCCAUCUCUGGUGAUUCAAAUGUCCACCUUAAAAACGCAGUAUUGCCACAGAAACGAUGUUGCUUUAGCCCUGACAGUGCUGAGGCAAUGAUGAAAAACCCCUCGUGACAGAGCAACAUACCAAGCAACAACCUGACAUGCACAUGUUUUCUUCUUCUUUUUUUUU